UACUGGCGCGACGCCCAGGAGGGCCGGCAGUCUAAGGAUGACAUCCGACACAUCAUUAACGCCGUAUACCGUCCGGCCCGACAUUACGCUAUACUACACGUCCAGAUGGACCACUACUCCCUAACCCUCCACGACGUGCUGACACAACUGCGCCGGUAUUUCGACGCCAAACCCCGCAAACUGUUGCCAGACUUAGGCUAUUAUAUAAUGUCGGAGCUGUUGCUGGAGAUCAUGGAGGGGCUCGACUACCUGCACACCCGGGACCCACCUAUCACUCACCGGAAGCUACGAACUGAUAAUAUAUUUAUCGAUCCACGUUCCGGUGCCCUGUUUGUUAAGUUGGGUAAGUUUACUCGUCCGGAACACCGGGAUGUUCCCCGUGGGGCGCAGACUAUGUCGGUGUCCGUUGUGUUCAAUAAGAGUUCGCAUAAAUAUUUGGCGCCUGAAGUGAAACAAAACCAAAAGUAUAGCAAUAAAAGCGAUGUCUACUGUAUGGGCGUUAUUAUCCAGGACAUGUUCAAUUUCGAUAUUAAUAGAUUCGGAUACAACACCACCAACAGCACCGACACCUUAACCGGGAAGUACAGCGAACUAAACAACCUGACCAUACAAUUACUGAAUGGUAUGACUCGUAGGCGUCCCACAUGUGCGGAAGUCCUACAGAACCGGAACCUCUGGUCACUACCCAUAACCGCAAUACUCGACCAAAUUGUGGACACCAUUGACGUGAACCAGUCGUAUGACAUAAACUCCGAUUUUGUGGCAAACUUUCUGCAAACAAAAUACAAGUUUAACGAAAGUAUUGCACAAACACUGGCUGUUAAUCAUGAGGAACGGGAGGACAGGCGGUUGUCAACCAUCGAUGAGAAUAAUAGUGGUGUUAAUGUUAACAACUUUACUAUAUUAGAGCAGUUAAGCGCCGGUGCUUUUGGGCAGACGUAUAAAGUUUUGGACAAUCAAAGCGAUGUUAACCAACAAAUACAUGCCUUCAAUGUAUUGACUCAAUUGGAACCACAAUUCACGCGACAAUUACUGUCCAAUUGGCUCGAGUACAGCAGCAUUGGCGACGACAUACCGGUGCUCAUGCUAUACACACAAUCCGAAUGGUGUUUGAUGUCAUUAACGGAACUCAUGCCUAAAAUGCACGGGUAUUUCGGUGUCGAUGCCCAGCAUCUAUUGCCUCCAUUGGCCUAUUAUAUGGCAUCGGAACUCCUAUUAGAGAUACUGGAGUGCAUACAAUACUUGCAUACCUGUGCACCACCUAUAAUACACUGCAAUAUAAAACCUAAUAACAUACUGAUCGCACCCGUAUCUAAUGGACGGUUUGUCAAAUUGGCUGAUAUUAAGGGUCCGGGUGUAGGAAAUACUGGUGGACCUACCGGUGGGGACAGGUAUUUGGCACCGGAAGUCAGACACAGUGGCAAAUAUUCUGUAAAGUCAGAUAUCUAUAGCACCGGGGUUUUGGUACAACAGUUGUUCAACUUUGACACCAAUACUAUCGAAAAUAUGAACAGUGAAUACAAACCAAUGUACGGAAAGCUAUUGGAAACUACCAUCAAAUGCCUGAACGGCAUCUCACAUGUCAGGCCUACCAGCGAUCAACUUCUGGAAAACUCAUGGGAAUGGGCCGUACCUUAUGGUGCCAUACGGGACGAGAUUUGUGAGCACCGAGAUGUCACCAUACAAGAUAUUAACCAACAAUUUAUUGAGCACUUCAUGCAAACAAAAUACGUUAUGAAUGAGGAAAUUCUUGCAAUGAAUACAAACCCUAUGAACACAUCUAUGAUAGACAUGUCUAUCCAUGAGGCCAUACCUGAAGAACCCAGCGAUGAAUCACUGGAUGAUAACAUACCCACCCAUGAGGUCAUCCAUACUAUAGAUUCAGUAGACACGGGAACUCCAUGUGAAGAGUCCAUUGAAAUAUCCAGAGAUAUAGACAUCACUACAGAAACUUUAAAUCAGAGUUCAGAUGAGAUAAUCACCGAAAUGUAUAAAUCGUCUGAAGAUCUCACAGAUAUUGCCAUUGAUGUAGUGCUACCUAACGCACUGGUAGAUAAUGAGGACAUACCUACCAAUGACACUGCUCUUACACAUCCAAAACCCAUAGACAUAACCACUGAUGAGGGACUACCCAUAUCUAUGUCCAGGGAUGUGCUCAUACACUCGGAACCAAUAGUUAUAUCCCCAGAUGUGGUCACAACUACUGAAAACUCUGUCGACAUCUCCAGAGUAGAGGCCAUACCUUAUAUGGAUUCCGAGGAAAUGGAUACUCAGGUUAAGGUAGCCAUAGAUCGAGAGGACAUUAUCGACGAUAUCAUAGCCAACCAUGAAUUUUUCGACCCUGAUCAAGUGCUCCCUAAAAGGGAAAUGGAUAUAACCGCUGAUGAGUUUAUAAUACCGGUGCUGACUGAGAGACUACACGCGGAACAGUCUGUCAGUAAUUAUUUAGACAUAGAAAAGGCGGUCACCGAUGAGGACAGGGAUGUGGCCAUAGAUAAGCUCAUCGAAAGUAUUGACUCCGAAAUGGGAAUCGAUUUACAGAAUAAACAGUCAAUUGAUGAACAAAUAGAUAAGAUUAUCGACGACCAGAAUCUGCUUAAUAGCUCAGUCAGUUUGACCCUGGAUCAAAUAAUUAAUAUUGCACCAGGACAUGUUAAUGGCAUACCUGAUGAUGAUCUGGCUAUUAAUGAACCGAUAAUUACAAAGGAAGUCAUAAUUAUAAGGGAGGAACCGAUGGAUGAAUCGUUAGAUAAGAUAAUAAUUGAUCAGAAGUUACAAACCUCUGAGUCUAUGGAUCAACAAAUAGAUUGUAUAUUAGAUGAACAGGAUUUGCUGAAUAGAGAGGUCAAUUUGACCCUGGAUCAAAUUAGUGGUGACACUGAUAUUGCACCAAGGAACCUAUACCUAUCGAUGGAUAAUAAUAAUGAAGAUAUUGUGGAGAUUCCCAUUGAAAAUAAUAAAUAUAGUGAUAAUUUCAUUGAGGUGGGACAGUUAGCUAUUGGUGAUUUUGGACCCGUAUAUAAAGUACUGCAUAAAGCCUAUCAGACACCAAGCACCAUUAAACGAAUUAAAAUUAUUGAUUCAAAUGACUAUAAAAUUUACAAACACGUACUGAGUGUGUGGUCCCAACUGGACCCUGAGCAUGUGCUCAAAUACCUGUGCCAUUGGUGUGAAUACGACGACUACAGUAGAAAUCCAUUCAUGUUUUGGUUAUACAUUCAAACGGAUGUAUACAUCAUGUCAUUGACGGAAGUCAUACCAAAAUUGAAUGACUACUUCGACGCCAAACCACGCCAACUGUACCAACCCAUGGCCUACUAUGUGGCAUCGGAACUCCUACUCGACGUACUCGAGUGCACCCACUAUUUGCAUACCUGUGCGCCGCCCAUAACCCAUGCAAACAUCAAACCUAAUAACAUUCUCAUCACAUGCGGGCCUACCGUACGGUGCGUUAAAUUGACUGACAUUGGACUACAGGUGCCGCACAAAACUAUGAAUGGGGAACAGUAUGACCCAUAUAUAGCACCAGAAUUGCUGGACGGCACCGGUACCGCUCGACCCAGGUGUGAGUUCCUAUUAAACGCCAAACAAGACUGGGCUCUACCAUACCGUGUGGUCCGGGAGGCCAUACCUAACAUCGUGGACGUGAACCGCACUUACGAUACAAACCACGAGUUUAUUGAAUACUUUUUGCAAACGAAAUACAAUUUCAACGAAAAACCGCAGCCUUUGAUACAAACGAUGCAUAAGUUUAGCGAUUUAUCCAUAGAUGAGAAGCGACUGGAAAACCAUUUUUUAGUGGACAGUAUUGUGCAGAUAGCACAGGGAGACUGGGGAACGAAAAAGACGAUUAUUUUCAAAGACUACAUGAGAUUAAACUGUGGGCACCGUUAGCUUCACCUGAGCAUAUCGUACAAUACCGGUGCCAUUGGCUUGAAUACAACAAUAAACUACCUGAGCGACCCCUAU